UUGUCCUCUCAAUGAUGACUGCUGCUCUCCUCCUGGCUGUGGGAUGUGCACUCUUUGAGCAUUUAGUUUCUCCAAAUAUCGAAGUUCUUUCUGCCAUUGGUGGCAAUUUUCAGGCUGCCUACUGGGGCUUCCUGACCUUCUGGGGCUAUAUCGUACUGCUAAGUCCCGCAAUGCCCAUCUCGCUCUACAUCACGUUUGAACUGAUCCAUGUGGUACAAUGCUUCCUAAUUGGUUGGGACAUUAUGAUGUACUCUGAAGAGAGCAACAGCCCUGCGCAGGCCCAAACAAAGACUUUGACUGAGGAACUGGGUCAGGUGGGCCAUCUGCUCACUGAUAAGACUGGAACUCUCACACAGAACCACCUUUUGUUUCGCCAAUGCUGCAUCGCUGGCCAGAUUUAUGGAGAUUUGGAACCAAAUUCGAAGCCAUUGGACCUAAGCUGGAACAACUUUUCGUGUGGUGGGUUGCCCUUCUCUGACCAGAGGCUUGUGGAUCGUUUGUGGAGACAGAGAUGUCCUGAGGGCAGAGAAUUCUUCACUGCCUUGGCACUGUGUCACAGUGUCAUGUGUGAGUGGAGAGACGGGUUUCCUCAUUACCAGGCAGCGUCUCCAGACGAGCAGGCUCUGGUGUGUGCAGCUCGAGAGCUGGGGUGGGUGUUCCUGUCUCGCACACGCGAUUCCCUUAUGGUGAGCGAGAUGGGAAUCACACGUCAGUACAACCUGUUGGCCCUGCUGGAGUUCACCAGCAUGAGGAGGCGUAUGUCAGUGCUGGUGAGAACACCAGAGGGAGCAAUAAAACUCUAUUGUAAAGGUGCAGAUACUGUGGUUCUGGAGCGUUCGCAAAAAAGCACUCUGCAUGAAGAGAGCACAAAACAUUCACUUGAGGUUUUUGCUCAGAGCUGUCUGAGGACAUUUUGUGUGGCUGUGCGGCCUGUAGGUGAGGCUCAAUGGAUGGAGUGGAGCCGUGUUCUCCAGCAGGGUGCCAUAGCAACCACUUGCCAAGAGAGUAUGCUGGAGGAGCUGCAUGACCAAAUGGAAAGAGACCUGGUGAUCCUGGGGGUGGCAGCUAUUGAGGACCGUCUACAGGAAGGAGUCCCAGAGACAAUUGUCAGCCUCCGGCGGGCAGGGGUGAAAGUGUGGGUGCUUACGGGAGAUAAGACCGAAACAGCUGUGAGUGUAGGAUAUGCCUGCAAGUUGGUGGAUCCAGAAACAAAACUGAUUCAAGGCAAGGAACUCAGUGACAUUCUUCACUCUCCUUGCCCAGAAUUAUGUUUUAGUAAGCAUAAAGUGUCCUAUGUUUGGAGCACACAUACAAUGUCUCAGUGGAGUAAAGCCGCCAUUGUUGUUGAUGGAUUUGAACUUGAAGAACUGAUCAAGACACCUGAGUUGGGUGCACGGUUUGUGUCUUUGUGCAACCAGUGCGAGUCAGUGCUGUGUUGCCGUGUUACCCCGGGGCAGAAGGCUGCAAUUGUAGAGCUGGUGAAGAAGUUUGCUUCCUCUGUCACAAUGGCAAUAGGAGAUGGUGCCAAUGAUGUGAACAUGAUUAAAAUGGCACAUAUAGGGGUUGGUAUACGUGGUGUUGAAGAUGGACAGGCAGUACAGAAUGCAGAUUUUGCACUAGCACAGUUUCGCUUCUUGAGCAGACUGCUGCUGGUCCAUGGCCAGUGGUCUUACCACCGCAUCUGCAGCUUUCUGAGUUACUUCCUGUAUAAAACCACUUCCUUUGCUCUGGUGAACAUCUGGUUCAGCUUUUACAAUGGCUUCAGUGCCCAGCAUAUGUAUGAGAGCUGGUUUAUUUCCCUUUACUCCAUCUUGUACACAUCCCUACCUGUUCAGUGCUUGGGUUUAUUUGAACAGAACAUGAGUGCUGAGAGCUGUCUUCACUGGCCAGAGUUCUAUACAGUUGGACAGAGGCAGGAGCUUUUCAACCCCCUUACCAUAUGUAUGACAUUGCUUUACUCCAUCUACACCUCUGUCGUCCUCUUCUUCCUGCCCUUUGGGGUUUUUCAGGGCUCAGACACAGACUAUCACACACUGGCUGUUACUGUGGAAAUGUCAGCUGUUCUCUCAGUUACUGUCGAGAUCAUUCUACACACUAAAUACUGGACCAAGUACAAUUUUGCUGCAGUGUUUGUCAGUCUGGUUCUGUUUUUCCUGUCCACCACUAUCCUUCAUAGCCCUCGUCUGUUUACAGGGUCCCCUAAAGACUACAGUUUCUUUGGAGCUUCAUUAAAUGCCUUCACACAUCCUGUUGUAUGGCUGACAUCGUUUCUAACCUGCUGCACUGCUGUCUUGCCCUCGAUUACAAGACGAGCUUUAAAUGUGAUCAUGGUGAACCCAAACAAAAACAAGAUCCAUUCAGUAAAGGAGCCAGUUGAGCUACAGUCAUGGAACAGGAAUGACUCUCCUCAUCAACACUUGUCCUAAAAAAGUCCUUGAGGCCCUAAGGAGCCCUUGCUGGAUGAGACAGAACAGAUAAACAUACACUCCAGGAAUAUUUACAUGAUAUUAUCUAUAGGCAAGAUUAAAUAGAUGUAUGGACUGCUUUUCUAUAAAACUAAAGGUAAAGGUACAGUUUAUCAUCAGUGUUUUGCAAAAUUUUAAACCAAAUAUUUUUUUAAAACUUACUUAAUUUUUUUUUUUAAAACUCACUUCAAUGCUUUAGAUUUCAACAUGCUUCCAUCUGAUUUCUAUAAUGUUCUAGUAAUGUAAAUUCUAGUAAUGUUAAACUUUCCAUUGAAAAAAUCAGAUUUUUAUGACUACAAUUCUGAAUGAUUUGUUUGAUUGUUUGAAAAAAAGGUUUUUGCCCCCUUCCUGUUUUUUUUAUGUUUUGCAUAUUUGUCACACUUAAAAGAUUCAGAUCAUUAAACAAAUUUUGAUAAUACCAAAGAUAAUUCAAGUAAAUACAAAAUGCGGUUUGUAAAUUAUGAUUUCAUUUAUUAAGGGGAAAAAAACUGUCCAAACCUACCUGGCCCUAUGUGAAAAAGUAAUUGCCCCCUAAAUCUAAUAACUGGUUGUGCCACCCUUUGCAGCAACAACUGCAAUCAAGCAUCUGUGAUAACUGGCAAUUAGCCUUUCACAUCACUGUAGAGGAAUUUUGGCCCACUCUUCUUUGCAGAAUUGUUUUAAUUCAGCUACAUUGGAGGGUUUUCGAGCAUGAAUGGACUGUUUAAGGUCAUACCACAGCAUCUCAAUCAGAUUUAAGUCCAGACUUUGACUUGGCCAUUCCAAAACCUUUAUUUUGUUUUUCUUGAACCAUUCAGAGGUGGACUUGCCAGCCACUCCUUGGAAGGUUCACCACUGUUCCAAGCUUUAGAAAUGGCUUUAUAACCCUUUCCAGACUGAUACAUGUGAACUAUUCUGUUUCUUAUCUGUUCUUGAAUUUCUUUAGCAGCAUGAUUCACUUUGUCAGACAGGUUUCUAUUGAAGUGAUUUCUUGAUUCAACAGGUCUGGCAGUAAUCAGGCCUGGGUGUGUCUAAUGAAAUUUAACUCAGCUUUCUAAAAUAAUGUGGUUAAUCUUAACUUUCAUGAUUUAACAGGAGGGGGCAAUUCAUUUGUCACGUAGAGCCAGGUAGGUUUGGACAGCUUUUUUUCCUUUAAGAAAUAAUCUUUUAAAAACUGCAUUUUGUAUUUACUUGCAUUAUCUUUGUGUAAUAAUAAAAUUUGUUUGAUGAUCUUUUAUGUGUGACAAAUAUGAAAAAAACAAACAAACCAGGAAGCAGGCAAAAACCUUUACACAGCACUGUAGUUGUAGACACUCUUUAUAUUUAAAUGUAUUUGUGUCUCUGUUGUUGUGUUUUUACAUGUGAAAAAUAUUUGUUCAUUCAUUAUUUUUUAUUUAAUUUAUAUUUUAUUUAUUAUAUUUCAUAGAAAUAAUUUACAUGAAUUCUUUAAAUUAUGGCAUUGAAAUGACCUCAAAUAUGGUCACUUUUUUUUUACUCAUCAGAAAUGUAGCAUAAUUUUUUGUCUUUGAAUUCCACCUUAUAGAAUAAAGCAUUUAUUAAGUAUAAAUGCAUGUAAAGUGCAAGUAAAAGCAGUGACUGCUCAGGUUAACUGUGUUGAGUUCUUUAACUGCUACAAUAAGACAAAAGCCCAUUGUGAGAGUUUACUUGAAUAAAGAAGACACUUAUCACAAUGGGAGUAAAACAAUAAAGAGUGUAAUAAUAAGAUACUAAUUUAUUCCAAUAUAUGUUAUGAGAUUUUACUAGAGAAAAAUAUGUUUAUUAGAUGUUUAUCCAGAGAUAUCGUGUGAUAUCGCUUAUUUCAAGCUGCAAACACUGUAAAUAGCAAAUUCAUGCUAUUCCAUUAGCUAGGAUUUAUAAAAGAAUUUGGUCGAUGUGAUUAUAAUGUGCAUCUCACAGCUCCAGGACAAAUGUUUCAAUACUAAAUUCAAUACAGGUUUCUGUUUUGCAUGCUCUCCUCAUGUUCAUGUGGGUUUCAGGUUCUCAGCUUUCCUCUGACUGUCAUAAUGUGCAUUGACU